ACGCGAACAUCACCCAGCCCACGCUGGACCUGGGCUCGGGCCGCGCGCUGCUGCUGCUGCCAACCGGGGAGGGUUUUACUUUUAGUGGGAUCUGCCGGGUGACUUGCAUCUAUGGCCAGGUGGAAAUAUACGGCCAUGUCAUCAAACAAGGGCAGCCUGCCCGAGAUGUUUAUUCUACCUACACCCACGCCUACCUGACCAUCAACGGGGUUGAGUACCCAGAGCCUGAGAAAAGUGAGAAGGAGAUCAGGAGAGAGAUCCGGGCUCUGCUCAAGCCUCACAUGAGACUGGAUGACAGAAACUGGGCAAUACAGAAUUUCCCUCCCCUGGGUUCCGUGGUACUGCUGGAGCAGCUUCGGACGUCUGCUGUAGACUUCAUGAGCUUCUACGCGUGUGCAUCUUAUGUCUUCUUGCAGGAGAAUACUCCUAUGCGGACCAAUGCUGAGUAUUUACUUUUGAAGAAGAUUGGCCUCAGAAGGCAGAGGAAGAAGAGAGGCAUCUGCUUGAGUGAGAGUGGCCUUUGUGCCCUGGAAGAGCUAGUCAGUGUGUGCUGCGAUGGCUGCCCUGUGAUCCUGUUGUGUGGCCCUUGUGACAUUGGGAAGUCAACAUUCAGUAGAAUACUGAUUAACCGGUUACUGAACAGGUAAGCAUGCUUGUGUUUUCGCGUGGUCAUCGGGGCGUGAAGUGUGAUUCAAAUGGAGAGACUUG